UGUUGUCCUUUAAGAUUAGUCAGUUCAUUCGGUCAAUUCGGUGGUGAAAACAACGAAAGUUAUUUUAUUUACUUUAUCAAUGAAGAUCUUCUCUCUUUUAACAUUUCUAUCACCAAACUACGUAAUGCUCCUUUAAGUGACCGAGGUGGUGAAGUUCUGAGGUUGUUCUCCACCUCCUCCAGCAGAGGGCCUGCAAUGUUUAUGCACACGAUGAGCAUGCUCUGCUCUGCUGUGAUGCAGGAGGAGAGGUGGGAGGAGGAGGAGGAGGAGGAGGAGGAGGAGGGCUGCUUCUUUUCCUGUUCAUCACCGGCAGUAUCCGGAGCCGGUGGGCGGUGCAGAGACCCUUGAAGACACGGACAGAGAGCCUGCGGAUGCUGACUGGAGGAUGCUGUAGAUGUGGUGGCCCAGCGUGGAGAGCGGUGUCUGAUGUAGUGUUUUUCUCAGGAGGGAGCCGCUUCACAUGAAAACUGUGUAGAGGAACAGGCCUUCUUUGUCUCGGUGCAGACAACAAAAGUGUGUUGUGUCUCAGCCUGUGUGCUGACAUGUCGCCUCUUUAAGGACCCCUCCACAGGCAGACUGGCUGCCGGGCGGUGGGACGACGGAGACAAAGCAGCACCUGCUCAGGACCUUCUUACGAGUGUUUAUGUGCUUACUGCAGGGAUGACAUGGUAGAGAGCUGAUGCAACGUGCUGAAAGCUGUCAGGGGUGAUUUACAGCUGAUCCACACAGAUGUGACAGUGUUGACGAGGACCGAGAGGCCUGUAAACAACCCGACUCCGCCGGUAGAUGCUCUUUUCUGUGACGCUCUUCCUGUGGAGACUCUACCGACAUUACUCCAUCAUGUUCAGCUCGGAAAGACUCACAGUCCCGGAUUAUGUCAGCCGGCUGCAGAGAGGCAGGAGCGGCUCCGGCUGCGACCACCGACCGGUCUCCCCGGGCAUCAGCGCCGACGUCCAGGCGGUUCUGGACAGCUCCCUCCCCGCCCUGCGCUGCGCCAUCAGGAGGCUGAGGACGGGGAAGGAGACCUCAGAUUCCGACGAGACCCGCCAGGCCAUCGCGGAGAUGUACCAGCUGGUGGAGGAGGCCUGGGUGAUGCCCGCGGUAGGCCGUCAGGUGGCCGAGGAGAUCUGCAACAGGAUCCGGCUGGAUGGAGGCCUGGAGCUGCUGCUGCAGCUGCAACAGACACCUGCGGUAGAGAUCACCUAUGAGUCUGCAAAACUGCUGGAGCAGAUCCUGGUGUCAGACAACAGAGAUUAUUUAGCACGGAUGGGUAUGGGGGUCAUCCUCAACCUGACUCGGCAGCAGGAGGACGCACAGCUGGCUCGGAGUGUCUCAGGGAUCCUGGAGCACAUGUUCAAACACACAGAGGAAACGUCCGUCAUUCUCAUCACUAAUGGAGCCCUGGACGCCCUCCUCUUCUGGUGCCGAGGUACGGACCCCACCGUGCUGCGCCACUGUGCUGUGGCGCUGGCAAACUGUGCCAUGUACGGAGGCCACCGCUGCCAGAGAUGGAUGAUCGAGAAACAGGCGGCCGAGUGGCUUUUCCCGCUGGCCUUUUCCAAAGAAGAUGAACUCAUCCGCUUCCACGCGUGUCUGGCUGUGACUGUGUUAGCCACAAACCGAGAAAUUGAGAAAGAGGUGGUGAAGUCUGGGACCUUGGAGCUGGUGGAGCCCUUCAUCGCAUCUUUGGAUCCGGAUGACUUUGCCCGCAGUUUACUGGACAGCGCAGACUGCAUGCAGGGCAAGACGGCCGCUGACCUGCAGCAUCUUCUGCCGUUACUGGAUGGCACGAGGGUGGAGGGAAAGUGCAUCGCAGCCUUUUACCUUUGUGUUGAGACCAGCAUCAAGUCUCGUCAGCGCAACACCAAGAUAUUUCAAGAGAUCGGAGCGGUGCAGAGCCUGAAGAGAAUUGUCAUGUACUCCAGAAAUGGCACAGCCUCCAGCCUCGCCAAGCGGGCGCUGAGCAUGAUGGGGGAGGAGGUGCCGAAACACAUCCCGCCAUGCGUGCCGAAUUGGAAAACCUGCGAGGUGCAGACCUGGCUGCAGCAGGUUGGCUUUAGUGCCUUCUGUGACCGUUUCCAGGAGCUCCAGGUGGAUGGGGACCUCCUGCUAAACAUCACAGACCAGGACCUGAGCGCAGAUCUGGGCAUGACCGCAGCCCUCACUCGCAAGAGGUUUUUGAGAGACUUGCGUGUGCUGAAGACUUACGCCAACUACUCCACAUGUGACCCAAACAACAUGGCAGACUGGCUUGUGGAGGUGGACCUUCGUUUCCGUCAGUACACCUACGGCCUGGUCCAGUCAGGAGUGGAUCGCAGCAGUGUCCAGAACGUGACCGAUCAGCAGCUCCAGCUCGACUGCCACAUAGACAACGGAGUCCACAGAGCCAAGAUCCUGUCUUCCAGCCGCAAGCCCCUCAAGCCGUGCCACACAGACGCCCAGCCUGCGGGGCCCGAUGUGUUCAUCAGCUACCGCCGGACCACCGGUUCCCAGCUGGCCAGCCUCCUGAAGGUGCACCUGCAGGUUCGAGGAUACAGCGUCUUCAUAGACGUGGAGAAGCUGGAGGCUGGUAAAUUUGAGGACAAACUGAUUCAGAGUGUACAGAGGGCACGUAACUUCAUCCUGGUCCUGUCCGCGAAUGCCCUCGACAAGUGCAUGGGCGACACUGCCAUGAAGGACUGGGUGCAUAAGGAGAUAGUCACCGCCCUGGCUGGGAAGAAGAACAUUGUUCCUGUCACAGAUAACUUCAUGUGGCCCGAUCCCACGUCUCUGCCGGAGGACAUGAGAGCGAUUCUCAAUUUCAAUGGCAUCAAAUGGUCACAUGAAUAUCAGGAGGCCACGAUCGAGAAGAUUCUACGCUUUCUGAAGGGACAGCAAGACCAAGUCGACAGCCCGGGUGCCUCCAAAGGGCAGAAAAAGAAAGAAUGAGAUAAUAAAUGACAAAAACAGAGUUAGAUAUGAGUUACAAUAACUUCCAGCGAUGCCAAAUUCCACGGCCGAUGUUGAGCUGGCCUAGCAGGCCCCCCCCGCCCCCACCCAAACGCAUGUGAAGUGAAUCUCGAUCAUGAUUCAAUUGCAUAAUAUAAAUUGAGCUGAUAUAUCACUAACAAUGAAGGAGAUAAAAAAAGGGGAUUUGUAUAUAAUAAAUGGUAAGCCUUUUAAGAUAGUACCCUCACACUGCUGUAUGUGUUUUAUCAGGUGCAGUAUACGCCUUCUGUCUCUCAGGAAAAUAACUGUGAUAGAUCAGCCGACAUUGGCAUCCAGCAAAAUCAGUCUCCACUAACCGAUCAGUCUUCAUUGAAGUUGUAUGCAAUCAUCUUGUGUUUGACUCAUGUACUGUACAGUCACCAGGGGCAAAGCAGGUCUUUUACUGACAUUUGAUUUCUGGGUUGUGAUAGCAAAGAAACAUUGUUUAAGGGGGAAAUGGUCAAAGCUGGAGGCAUGACGUAUUUUACAGAAAUAUUUGAGCUACACGCUGCAUAACUGCAUCCUUGAUUUAGGAGCGCGCAGGCAACGAAAAAAUAACCAAGUAGUAUUAACUGUUUUCUUUCUUCUGUUAAAGUGGGUAAAAACUGAACUGAUGUACAGGACUCAAAAAUGAAGUGAUGUUUUAUUCACCACACUAUUUGGGUCUGAUGAGUAAUUAAUUGUGGCUUUUGCAACUUAAAUUUCAUCCUUGUUCCCUCGGUGUGUUUAAAUAGAUGCAGUCAAGUAAUAAACAAAAAGAAAUCCAGCAAUAUGACCCGCUGAAGCUUAUAAAAACUGCAAAUCCCUUCAUCAAAAUCAAGAUACAAGAAACCGUUUGCUUUGAAAUAAAUGUAUGAGAAGUCUUGCAUAUUAAGCCUUCAUUAAGAUGUGUUGGUUUCAUAUAUAUAUGUAUCAUUGAUUGUAUUAUUAUAACCUGGAUGAAACAUCUUGCCUUAUUAUUGUUUCACCUCAUAGCAUCUGUGUAGUUGACAUUAAUUUAUUUUUUCAUCUUCACGUUUAUUAAUGUUCUCAUUGUGAAACAAACACAAAUUUGUCCCUUCAUUUCAAACAUGUCAAAAAUAAAAUGUAUCAAAACAUU